AUGGCCAAUUUCUUCCAAGAUGCAAAGAUCAAGAUUCAAGAUCUCUUCAUAUACAUUGUUUCUUGUGGAAAAUCUUCUAAUGAACUAUCAAGAAAUGACCAAGGAACAGCAAGAGAUGUACCAUUAGGAGAUAAGUUGGGGCUACAAAUACAUUUACCAGAAGAAGACCAAGUUGGUCUAGCAACAAUUAUAACACCAAUAAGAUUUUCUAAAGAACCACCAAGAAAUGACCAAGAACCAACAAGAGAUCAUGUACUAGAAGAUGACUUGGGGAUAAUAACAGUAUUCCCAUCAGGUGAAAAACAACCAAUAAAUAAUGCAGAAAAUCAAUUAGAAGAAGAAAAUAUUAUUGCUCAACAAGACCAAGAACUUGAUAAAUCUAAAGGAAAUUCACAAGAACAAAAAGAGAUUGAUGAUGAUGAGGAUUUUGAACCUCUACCAAAAGGGUUUAUAAUACCUGAAGAAAGAGCAAAUUUUUCAACACCUCCAGGAAAAAGAUCAGCUCCUAGACCUAAGACUGGUUGA